AUGCAGAUGUUACACCGGCCACUUACGCGCAUUGGACGGUGGACUGGUCAUCGUUGGGCCCUGAACGUGUCUGGUCUCAAGGAAAUACUGAGAGUAUCUGAGGAGGUAACCGAUGCCCUGGCUACGAACAAACCUGUAGUCGCCCUUGAAUCAACAAUAUAUACCCACGGAGCACUUGGAAACGACCUUGAACUUGAAGCUAUAGUUCGAAGAAAUGGGGGCGUACCUGCUGUCGUAGGUAUCUUGGGUGGUGUGCCCACCGUCGGACUCACUCCUGAUGAAGUCAACCGAAUGGUCGAGGGCUCCCCCAAAAAGGCAUCUAGGCGGGAUCUUGCCUUUUUAGUUGGGAGUGGUAUGGUCGGCCAAAAGGUUAAUGGAGGCACCACAAUUGCAGGAACCAUGGUUCUGGCAAGGUUGGCUGGCAUUCGAGUCUUUGGUACUGGGGGUCUCGGUGGAGUUCAUCGAGGUGGUCACAUCUCGUUUGAUAUCAGCGCUGAUCUGACAGAACUUGGACGGACAAGGAUGGCAGUAGUGUGCUCUGGUAGCAAAGGCUUCUUGGAUAUCCCCAGGACUCUGGAAUAUCUAGAAACCCAAGGAGUCCUGGUCUCAACCUUCGCUGAUGGGAGAACGGGAGAUAUCGAUCUUCCUGGAUUUUGGGCUAGAGAAAGCGGCAUUAAGAGCCCCUUUGUUGUUCAGGACGAGGAGCAUGCUGCAGCUAUCCUUUUGGCGCAGGAAAGGCUGAAAAUCGAAACCGGCCUCAUAAUGGCGAACCCGGUCCCAGUAGAGCACGAGAUACCCGGACGCGAGCUGAAUGCGAUCAUCGAGCAGGCCGUACGAGAAGCAGAUGAGCAAGGUGCUCAUGGCAAUGCAAACACGCCUUUUAUACUGAAAAGAAUCCGGGAACUCACAAACGGGAGAAGUGUGCCAGCAAAUAAGGCCCUGGUGCAGUCAAACGUAGAGCGAGCGGCAAAACUUGCUAGCGCGGUGUCUAGGCUUAUCUCUGAGGGCCCAUCAACACCAAACUCAUCGGUAUCGUCGCAAGCAGAUAUUCUCGUUGCUGGGUCUGUGGCAGUAGACCUAAGUUGCGACUAUACAUGUGGCAACGCGGUUGAGGAUCCAAUCCCACAACUCCAUACCUCAAAUCCCUCCAAUAUUACUCAAUCGAUAGGGGGCGUUGGGCGCAACGUAGCACUUGCAGCUCACCGAGUUAAUAAAAACAUGAAAGUACGGCUUUGCAGCAUGGUUGGGCGUGAUCUUGCCGGCUCGACCGUUCUGGCGUCACUAGAGUCAUGUGGCAUGGAUACGUCAAACAUCCAGGUAUUAAGCCAUGAUGAGCAUCAAGGCGCGCGUACUGCACAAUACGUAUCAGUCAAUGAUGCCAACAAGCACCUCGUACUUGCCAUGGCAGAUAUGGACAUCUUUACUAGCCAGUCCUUCUCUCCCUCUUGGGCCACCAUCAUCGAGACCUCCAAGCCAAAGUGGCUCGUCGUCGACGCCAACUGGAAAGAUCACGAUAUUCGGUCAUGGAUGCAAGCUGGUAAAACAAACAAUGCACAAGUUGCCUUUGAACCGGUGUCCAAGGCAAAAUCAGCGCGACUGUUCUGCACUGGAAGAAGUCUUGAGAGCUUGGGUGUCUUUCCUCACGCUACGGUUGAUCUCACUACGCCAAACCAAUACGAAUUGGCGGCAAUGCAUGCAGCUGCUCAGAAUAAUGAGUAUUUCGAGGACCCGCGGUGGUGGACGAUCAUUGAUGCGUUCAGCAUAAGAGGAGCUCGAGACCGCUUCGUCAAGCUAACCUCGGCGGGUAUGACGGACGCAGGUAUCCCACAACAAGCUAUCCAGUUACUACCCUUCAUCCCAACAAUCAUAACAAAGCUGGGAAGCGACGGCGCCCUUCUGACGGCUAUCCUGAAGAAAGAUGACCCGCGUCUUUACGAUGCGAAACAUGAACCUUUCAUCCUCUCGAGGUGCAUUAAUGACCACCCAGAUGUUGGGGGCGUCUACAUGAGAAUGUACCCAUCUGUCGAAUUAGUCACAGACGUCGCAUCUGUGAAUGGCAUUGGGGAUACCUUCAUGGGGACUCUUGUCGCAGGUUUAGCGCAGGGGGGCAGGAUUGAAAACCUGAUAAAUGUGGCACAGAAAGCUGCUGUGUUGACGCUACGCAGUCCUGAGUCUGUUAGUGAGAAUGUUGACGCCCAAGAUAAGAUCAUCAUUACAAACGACCGCCAGAUGAGGCCGACGAUCAUGCUACGCCCUGAUCUGUCAAUUGACAGCGAACCUAGCUCAGAAUCAGAUUACCAAGACCUCGAGUAUUCGACCGAAGAAGAAUCAGAAACGGAAACGCAGAAUCGUCAGCGGAAACGAGCGCCCCGCGAGAAGGAUUCCGACGAAGAAGAUCUCGAGCGAUUCGUUCUAGGAGAUGCUGCGAAUUUCCGCGCAAAUCUCUUCAAGGAUGAUUAUAAAGUGGAUGGAGAAGAUAGUGACACAGAUGCAUUGGGGAGAGUGUUAAACAACGAUGAGGCCACAGGCCUGGAAAACGCAGAGGACGCCGAUUUCUUCGCUUUCGAUAUAGACUUAGGUCCAAAAUCCGCCAGUGGCCAACAGCUAGUUGCAGCGCCAUCCGCCAAAGAUCGAAGCCAGCCUGACUCAAAAGAUGCGCCUGCUUGGGAAGAUAGCGAUGACGAGCGGCUCACCAUAUCCCUAGCCAAUGUCACCCAACUACGGAAACUUCGAGCGAGCGAGGCCGAAGAUGUCAUUAACGGAACCGAGUAUACCCUCCGGCUCCGACAGCAGUUUUUGCGGCUGAAUCCUCUUCCCGAAUGGGCAAGAAAAGCGGAAGAACCGCCAAAGAAGCGUCGCAGACGAUCAUCUGCUGCUACCGACUCAUCAUACGCAUCAGACGAGAAUAUGGAAAGUGAUGAUAUCAAUGCCGAUGCGCUGCCCUUGGAUAAACUUCUUCGCGAUUCUAGUACUCUGAACGGCAGCACGUCGACAAAGACGAAGAAGCUCCGGCCUGAAGUAAUCGAUAUCCAGAGAUCUCGUGACAUACCAGACACCCAUAAGGACGUCACGUCGCUAGCUUUCCACCCCAAAUACCCGGUUCUACUGUCCUCCAGCACAUCCUCAAUGCUGUUCUUACAUCAUAUCGCACCAACCGCAUACCCAACACCAAACCCGAUGUUGACGUCAACCAAGGUCAGCCUCGUUCCCGUUCGCCGGGCUCAGUUCACCUCAGACGGAAGCAAAAUCUUUAUGGCAGGUCGUCGAAGAUAUAUACACUCCUGGGAUAUUGAAAGCGGAGAGAUACAGAAGACGAACAAAAUACAGGGUCAUCAAGAAGAGCAGCGAACGUGGGAGCGUUUCCGGUUGAGCCCCUGUGGGCGAUAUCUCGGCUUGAUCGCCUCGACCAGAAAGGGGGGCGGUGUGAUUAAUAUCUUGAACGUCCACACUAUGCAGUGGAUUUCUGCCGCUAGAUUAGAUAGCCGUGGAGGUAUCAUCGACUUCUGCUGGUGGAGGACUGGAAAUGGUCUCACCAUUUUAGGAAAAGGAGGCCAAGUCGGAGAGUACAGUAUGGUGUCAAAGCGCUUCUUAGGCGUAUGGAACGAUGAGGGAUCAAAUACCACCAGCGCCAUCGCCCUUGGCGGCUCUCACGGCCCUGACUUGCUCGGCGAGGACCGAUGGGUAGCUAUAGGCGCUGCCUCGGGUGUGGUAAACAUCUACGACCGUCACACACUAAUCCUCCCGUCUAAAGAGGACGAAUUGUUAUUGAAACCCCGGCCGGGGCCAGUCCGGGCUCUCAUGAAUCUUAUUACGCCUGUCACAGUGCUCACGUUUAGUCCAGACGGGCAGUUGCUGGCUAUGGCUACACGACAUAAGAGGGAUGGUCUCAAGCUUGUCCAUCUACCUAGCUGUACUGUCUACAGGAACUGGCCCACAGAGCAAACGCCGCUGGGAAGGAUAGAAGCGGUCGCAUUCGGCGCAAAGAGCAACAUGUUGGCGGUCGGGAAUGACCAGGGGAAAAUUAGGUUAUGGGAAAUCAGGAGCUAG